UUUUCUAUGAAUUUAAACCAUAGAAGUACAUAAUAUCAGUUUCGCACAGAGAGCUGCAGAAAGUUUUUUCUUUCUUUUAAUGUUUCAAAAUGGUAGAAAACAACAAUGAAAAAGAGGAAUAUGGCAACCGAGUAAGAGAUUUUUAUAAAGGAAAAUCAAUUUUUAUAACUGGAGCGAGUGGAUUUCUUGGAACGGUGUUGUUAGAAAUAUUACUCAGAUGUCUUCCAGAUGUCUCAAAAAUCUAUUUAUUAUUAAGAUCAAAAAAGGAUACCUCUCCAGAAGAAAGAAAACGGCUUAUAUUUAAGAAAAAGAUUUUCAGAAUAUUGCUGAAAGAAAAUCCCGAUGUGGUAAAUAAAGUGAAAGUGGUACCCGGUGAUAUUCAAGAAUCAAAUUUAGGUAUGUGUGACGAAGACUUGAAAAAUGUCAUUCAAGAGGUUACAAUUAUUUUCCAUGUUGCUGCGGUUAUCAGUUUCUUCAAACCCUUAAGAUACUCAGUAAUCAACAACUGCUUGGGAACAUGGAAUGUAAUUGAACUAGCUAGAAAACUUCAAAAGCUUGACGUGUUAGUUUACACUUCGUCUGCAUAUUCAAACUGUAAUCGAACUGUAAUUGAAGAACAUGUUUAUAGAUUACCUUUUAAAGCGAAGAGGUAUAUGGAUGCAUUGAGUAAUGAUAACUGCGAUGAGCUGGAAAGAUUAAAAAAUAUGAUUAAACCCGAUUUUCCCAAUAAUUACACCUUCAGCAAAUGCCUAGCUGAAAAUAUUUUAAAUGACUUUGCUAAGGAUUUACCAGUGGCAAUCGUUCGACCUUCAAUAAUUGGUUCUUGUUGGUUUGAACCAUUUCGG